UGCUCGUUGCCUUUCUGCCCUGUCGGUUAUUCUGCCUCCUCGACUAACUUCAGUUCAGCCGCUGCAAAGAGCGCGGCCGCGCGCCGCUCGCGUCAAUAAAAAAAAAUAGAUUAAAAAACAAAACACGGAAAUAGUGAUUCGUGAUUCAAAAGUUACACUUGUUCAAAAUGAGGCGGAACGUCAAAAUUGUGUGCCUCGUCGCCGCUGUGUGGAUGUUCUUCAUAUUCUACUACAUGCAGCCUGAUUCAGCACAUUCUAAGGAAGAAAACAUAGCCCUGCGUCUAAUAAAGCAGCAUCCUGACAUAGAAGAACCUGAAAGCAGUCCAGCGUCUACAGAUGACUUCAACACGGGCAGCACUGGUAGAACCUACUUUGACGAGGGGGGUUACGUGGCGGGAGGGGCGAAAGACUCCGACCCUUACGUGAGGAAUAGGUUCAACCAGGCUGCGUCGGAUAGCUUGCCUAGUAACAGGGCUGUGCCUGAUACGAGGAAUGCUAUGUGCCGCCUCAAAAAAUAUGACGAAGACCUCCCCCAGACGAGCGUGAUCAUCACUUUCCACAACGAAGCUCGCUCCACUCUCCUCCGAACUAUUGUCAGCGUGAUAAACCGGAGUCCUGAGCAUCUCAUCAAAGAAAUCAUACUGGUGGACGACUUUAGCGAUAAUCCUGAAGAUGGCGCGGCCCUUCGAGCCAUCAGAAAAGUCAAAGUCAUUCGGAACAGCAAGCGCGAAGGGCUGAUGCGGUCAAGGGUGAGAGGAGCCGACGCGGCCACCGCUCCCGUCCUCACAUUCUUGGACUCUCACGUGGAAUGUAACGUCCACUGGCUCGAACCACUUCUGCAGAGGAUCAAGGAGGACUCGUCGCGCGUUGUGUGUCCCGUCAUUGACGUGAUCAGCAUGGACACCUUCCAGUACAUCGGCGCGUCAGCUGACCUUCGAGGUGGCUUCGACUGGAACCUGGUCUUCAAGUGGGAGUACCUGUCGCACUCCGAGCGCAGCGCGCGUCUUAGUGACCCCACUCAAGUGAUUCGAACCCCUAUGAUCGCUGGAGGGCUCUUCAGCAUGGACCGGCUGUACUUCAACAAGCUGGGCAAGUACGACAUGAAGAUGGACGUCUGGGGUGGCGAGAACCUGGAAAUAUCCUUCAGGGUGUGGCAAUGCGGUGGGUCCUUGGAGAUAGUCCCCUGCUCCAGGGUGGGUCAUGUGUUCCGCAAGCGACACCCGUACACCUUCCCCGGAGGAUCCGGCGCCGUCUUCGCCAGGAACACCAGGAGAGCAGCCGAAGUGUGGAUGGAUGACUACAAGGAGUUAUAUUACAGGUCUCAGCCGCUGGCGAAACAAGUGGAGUAUGGAGACAUAUCCGAACGCGUGGCUAUUCGCGAGAAGCUCCACUGCAAGCCGUUCAAGUGGUACCUGGAGCAUGUCUACCCUGAGCUUCAGGUCCCGGCUAUGACUGGAGCGACACACGCCAUCCGACAGGGCGUGCGGUGUAUGGACACGAUGGGGCAUCUCGUGGAUGGAACGUUAGGAAUGUACCCCUGCCACAACACAGGCGGCAACCAAGAAUGGCGCUUCGACAACGGCCUCAUCCGCCACCACAGCCUGUGCAUGUCGCUCUCCGCCGAGGACCGCGUCACCGCCGUGCUCGCGGCGUGCGACAUCCACGACGACGCACAGAACUGGAGGAGAGAAGGCUUGCUCAUUAGACAUGCCAAACUUGACGCUUGUCUCGACUCUGACCGACCUGCUUUAUAUUUACAACAUUGUGACGAAGAAAAAUCCAGCCAGCAGUUUACUUUCUAAAAUAGGCAACUUCGAAAGUCGUUCCUGGAAGGCCUAGGAGGCCUAGGAGACAUGAAAAACUAGACGCGUUUCUAGACUGUAAUAGAUUUACUUUGUAUUUACAGCAUCGUGAUAAAGACGGAACCGACUAGCAAUGUAAUUUAACCGUUUUUAGAGGGGCUUUAUCAUCAGAUGCUAUGACGCGUGCUGCGGCUCUGACCGACCAACUAUCUUGAGUACUGUGGGAUCAACCAGCAGUCUUCUUUCUAACGUGCCUAUCGCGAAGACAAUUAAGCACUUCUUUACCAUUUAUGAUGUGGAGACACAUAAAGACUUAUGUUGAACUUGCA